AUGUCUCCCACCCCUCUCCACACCCGAGAUACCAACUCCAUCUUUCAGAAUCCGGGCGAAAAACGCGGUUUCAUCGUCGUCAUCAUCCUUUCCAUCCUCGCUACCGUCGGCAUGUUCUGCCUCAUCAUCACUCUCGUCAUCUGCAAGAACAAGCGCGAUCGAAAGAAGAGAGCGGCGAAGAUGGAUGCAGAGAAGAGUUUGAACUUUUUGCCAGGCAGGAAGGGGAGGUAUCGCAAGUUGGAGGAUGAGGAUGAGGGCGAGGUUUGGAGUGUUGAGAUGGAUGAUAGGAGGCCGACGGCUUAUCAGGGGAGGUAUAAUGAGGUUGAUUUGCCGCAUCCGGAGAGUGCUUACAGAUGA